AUGCCCACGUCGCCCCCCUAUCUCACCAGCAAGCCACCGAGCUCGCGUGCGGGAGAGCUAGGCGAUUUCUUAAUUAAGCGCCCGUCGGGCGAUAGCGCCGUCCCUCCCGACAGGGCUGCCGACCUUGGUGAAUUGAGACUGCUUGCACCCGAGGAGCCGGCGUUUCAAGCCAUGCACCCCCCUGAGAAGUCGCCUACUUACGCGAAGUAUGGCGCUGCACUUGACUGGCUUCUCCUCGGUGAUACCCCCCUUACCGGCUAUCCAGUUCGCCGAGAACACUUCGGAAUUGGAAUGUCCGGCAGUCUGUCGGUCCGGGCGUCCGGCAGGGGUGGUCCGGCAGUCUGGCAAGGGGAUGAAUGGAGAAGAAAAUGGGAGAGACGCCAGGGGACUUACGAGUUGGGAGCUUGGAAGGCGCUAGAUUAG